AAACUUACUAUGUCGUAGCGAAGUUCUUAGAAGAGCUGUUUUUGAUGUUUUUUGAAAAAGUUAUAUAAAUUUUAAUAACUCCUUUCUCUUAAGCGCCUUCUUCCCAACCAUCUUCCGUAUGGUUACAAGGAAUUGCAUUUAGGGAAUGUUCCGGGUGAGUUCGGAAAAGUGCGGGCGGUUUCGGGGGACAACCGCCAAUUGUAUUUAAAAAGUCGCCCGAACUCGCCUGUAUAUAUGCGGGCGUUUGCGGCUUAUUGCCACCCUCUUCGUAUCGUAUAUCUGCACCAUAUAGAUUUUUGUAUAUACUAGUAGUUUUGAUUAAUCAAAACUUCUUCUGUAAAAGUUUGACCAUGAAAAGCUGUGUUUUUCUUCAACUGAAAGUGGUACCACAUGACAUUCUGACUGGAAGAAGAUGAUCAUCCAAAAUGACCAUGCAUGGCACCAUGUAAGGGGAGGCAAGGCAGCACACAUUAAUCUCAUCUUUCAACACACCCAACCAUAUGUAAAAAAGUUAAACAAAAUGCGUGUAAAAAGACUGAAGCAUUGCAAGAAACUUGUUGCUUUUUACAAAACUACAUUUGGAUUCCAUGAACCAUAUCAAAUUCUAAUUGAUCUUACUUUUUGUCAGUUUGCACUGAUGUACAAAAUCAACAUAAAGGAACAAAUACCAAAAUACAUCGAAGGAGAAUCUCAACUAUUUACAACGAAAUGCAUAUUAGAUGAAGGCAAACUGCUCGGUCCUCAACUACAUGGUGCACAUCUUGUGUGUAAACAAUUUAAGUUACGCAAAUGCACCCACAAUGAACCUGUUUCAGCACAAGAGUGUAUUCAAAGUAUGAUAGGCGAAGAUAAUAACCAUCAUUUGUUUGUUGCAAGUCAAGAUAAUGAGUUGCGUAAUGUGUUGCGUAAAAUACCAGGUGUUCCAUUGCUGCACAUUCACUACAACACACUUGUGUUGGAAAAACCUUCUAAAUUCACCAAACGUGAGGCACAACAAAUUGAUUCUUCCAAAACGUCAACAUCGGAAUAUGAGAAAUCGUGUAUAAAGAGGUUAAAACAAAUGAAGUCGAUCGAAGAGCCCAAAGAGUGGCGACGAAAGAACAGAAAAAUGAAAGGUGUGAACCCUCUUGCUAUGAAAAAGAAGAAAAAGAAAAUGUCAAAUAUUGUUGAUGAAGCUACGGAUCAAGCUAGGAAACGUCACCGCAGGAGGAAAAAGAUCGCACAACAUAUCGUUGACGAAUUUAAAGCUCGUCAAACAGUUGUGUCUUAGAGCCGACACGAUGCUUACACGAAACCAUUUAGCUUUAUAGCAACUCGCACCAAGUCUCUCUCUGACGCCCGCCGUCAGUUGUUUUUGUACAAAUGGUCGCCAUACGACCGUGACCCGAUUCUAAUUGCCAAUAGAACAAACAUUAUUAAUAUCUAUUGGCUAUAAAUCAUCAGUUAGGGAGGCGUUUAUAAAUGGAUUAUUCGAGGGUGGGGUACUAAUUCUAAAUUAAUAGGGUGGGGUACUAAUUCUAAAUUAAUUAGGUAAGCAUUUGAAAAAGCAAAAAGUGAGUCCUCGGGACGAGGUUGUUUUCCUUUUCUGUGUCAAAUUGUUGUGAAAAAAUGGUUUGAUACAUGAGAUAUUUGCAUUGCAUCUUUUUUACUUAUUUAUUUUUAUAAUUUUUGAAUCUAUUUUAACCAACUUUUAUAUCUUUUGUUUAAGUGUGUUUUUCCGUGGGAAUUUUUCGUUAAAAUUAACUUUUGAAAAUCGCAUUAUCUGAUUAAUUUAUUAAGUUAUCUCUUUAUCUCGCUGUUUCAUAUUAGGCGGUGUCAAUUUAAGCACACGACGCAAUAGAGUAAUACACAAAAUUUAAACUUCGUUUUGUUAUUAAGUCACAACCUCGUUCUGAUAGAAGGCUGACAAUUUUCUUUUGGCAGAAACGAGUGUCUUAUGUCAUUGUAACAAACAGUUAUGUUGUAAAAGUUUAUUAUAUUAAGAAAGAGUUUAAAACCA